GCGCGCGGGCAGGAGACGCACAAGAUGAGAACCUGCAGGCAUACAGUAAAUCCAACUGUCAAUGUCAAUAGUGCGGUGAUUGUAAUUCGUUUCUCAAGCAAUAAUUUUAACUAUGAAAUAUUUAAAAUAGUUAUUGCUUACAAAACGAAGGAAACUUACCAACAGCUCCUCGACUGUGAUAUGCCACAUUGUUAUACCAACCGUCGUGCCGUUGAACUUCCCAGGUAUUGGGACAGACUUACCUUCAACAAUAGCCGCUAACACUACCAGUUUUAGGAUACUCCAGAUCCAUGUACGUAAAUCCAUUGGUGCGAGAGAUGGUUGAGCUGCCAAGUCUCCCGCUCAGUCAAGAGUAGUCGAGGAGGAGUUCUCGUUGGAAAUAGAACGAAUACCAAUCAAUGCAACAAUGAGUAACACAAGGAUGAUGGUGGAGCUAUAAAAGAAGAGCUUUGACCCCGUAAGAUUCACUCGCACUGUUCAUCCUUCUGCUGAUCUGCUUCACGCGUGAGAUCUGGAGGAAAGAUGACUUUCUACAAUGACAUUUACCCAUUCUACCCUCUACAAAGAACCUCGUUCAUCUUUAGUACCCACCUGCUCACCAUUAUUCUGGUUUUCCUGGUGAUCACAGUCAGUUUCCUUCUCAUACUGCCAGGCAUACGAGGGAAAUCGAGGGUGUUUUGGAUGUGCCGAAUAAUCAUCAGUUUAUUCAUCGGCGUUGUGAUAGUAGCACUAAACUUUACCAGUGACUGGGCUGAGGCCAGAAUCGUCACCAAUGCCACCUACAAGUCUUUUAGCAAUGCUGAAGUGAAUGCUGAGGUGGGCCUACAUGUGGGGUUAUAUGGUAUCAACAUCACAUUGAAAGGAAAUCCUGUGAUGCAGCUCAACGAGACCAUAGACUAUAAUGAGAUGUUCGAGUGGAAGGAUACCAUCGACAAGUAUUACGAAGAGGCCCUGGAGAAGGGCCUGCCCAACCCCAUCCUCUACAUCGCUGAGAAAUUCACCCUCCACAGCCCCUGUGGCCUCAUCUACCAGUACAGAUUCUCUGGCCGCUAUGCUUCUGCUACCCUCUGGACUGCUUUCUGUUGCUGGCUGGUUGCCAACAUCCUCUUCUCUAUGCCAGUCAUCCUCUAUGCCGGGUACAUGAUGGUGGCCACUGCUGCCUUCAUCUUCUUCUCCAUGGCGUCCUUCUCCACAAUCAUGAACUUGCCCUCAUGCACUUUUACUAUAGGGACAGGCUCCUUAGAAACAAGCUAUAGCCAUUCUUUUUGGCUGGCACUUGCCACAGGAGUACUGUGUGCUGUGAUUGGUGUUAUGGUGGUGCUGUUGGAUUGUUUGAUCCCAGAGAAGAUAAGGGAGGCUUUUAGUGUCGACAUGGAUAGCUCUGAAGAUGAUGAGGUUAAUUUUGGCAAGGGAUAUAUUAAUUCCAGCUUCCUUGAAGAAAUGACCCUGAGUGUACGGCUUUGACACUGCUGUAAGUCUCUGACUCUCUGAUUGAUCUGAUUGAUCAAUAAGGAAGUUUAUUGGUCUGUCAAAAAAAAAAAAAAAAAUCUCUGUGUUCUAGGAAGUACAUGAAGAUCACCCAGCCUAUUGCACACCGCCAAUACUUGAAGAUCACCCAGCCCAUUGCACACCGCCAAUACAUGAAGAUCACCCAGCCCAUUGCACACCGCCAAUACUUGAAGAUCACCCAGCCCAUUGCACACUGCCAAUACAUGAAGAUCACCCAGCCCAUUGCACACCGCCAAUACAUGAAGAUCACCCAGCCCAUUGCACACCGCCAAUACAUGAAGAUCACCCAGCCCAGAAAGAGAUGGUGCUUUAUUAAGGACCAAGCAUAAUGACAUUUGUGAGCCUGUAUUUAAGUGUGUGAAUAAUGUACAUAGCCUAAACUUUAUAGCAUUUAUGUUUGUUUAUUAAUGAAUUUGUUGUUUUAU